GUAAGGGGCAGGCAGGCGGAAGUAGGGGGCGGGCUGGUGUAUGCGCGGUCGCAGCGCGGCGCGGCGCGGCACGUGAAGGUCGUGGUGGUGGCGGCGGCAUGGAGGCGCCGUCCGGUGGCGGGCUGGGGGGAGCCGACCCGCAGCUCCAGCGCUUCAUCGAGGUGGAGACUCAGAAACAGCGGUUCCAGCAGCUGGUGCACCAGAUGACCGAGCUCUGCUGGGAGAAGUGCAUGGACAAGCCCGGGCCGAAGCUGGACAGCCGGGCUGAGACAUGCUUCGUGAACUGCGUGGAGCGCUUCAUCGACACCAGUCAGUUCAUCCUGAACCGGCUGGAGCAGACGCAGAAGUCCAAAUCGGCCUUCUCAGAGAGCCUGUCCGACUGAGCGGCCCCAAAAAUGUGGGGUGGGACGGCCCUGCUGCUCCCUGCGCCCGUCCCUCUGCUGCCCCGAUGAGCCGAGGUCAGCUCCGGGGCGUAGGGUUUAAUUAAACGACGGUUUUGUGAAAGCUGCAGCCAGCCAGAUGAGAGCCCGUAACAGAUCCACCCGCUCUUCCGCGCGGUGUCGUGCUGCGCCCAUCCCCGAUUGCCGGGAAGCAUCUUCACACGGGGACACGGGGGCUGCAGGUGUCAUGCAUGAAGUGGUGGCGGUGGCGAUGCUCCUGACAGGGGUGCUCCCAGCACUAAGCGUGCCACUGCUGCCUUAAACAGUGCUGCACACACCUUCAUUGCACAAAACCAACCCUCCUCGGUAGGUGCCAACGAGCUGUGCAGUCCCUGUGGCUGUGCAGAAGGAGGGCAGCAGGACUGCACCAGCACAGGCACCCCUAGCGAGGAGAGCUGCUGGGCAUGGCGAACAUCCCGGGCAGUGUCACUGCUGGAAGACAUUUCAAGGCUUCCCUAAAGUCAUUCACGUGGCCAAGUGGCAAACUUUCAAAUUGCAGCACGGCUCUCUCAGUACUGACUUGCUCCAUUCAUUGCUUUCUCCUAGUCAAUGUAAUAAAUAUUAAGUGGGUCAAAUUUUUAA